AUGAAUCAGCAGCCAUCCGUUGAGAUCGAUGAAACUCUAUCUAUGCUUAGAAUGCUAAUGCAAAGAGAGUUUAUACACUAUCUGGAGACUUUGCCAGGUAUCGUAAAGGAAGAGCAAGUUUGAAAAAUUGAUCUUUCCAGGAACGAAAGAGUUGUUCAUCGAAAAUUGUCUUUUGCGACCUUUAGAUAUGAUUGCCAAAUCGACUGAUAUGAAAAAGCACGGAGUGAAAAAGAUAAUAGAGUUUGACUUGAAUAAGUCUCCUCAAGUGAGUUCUUUUCUGGAGGAAAAAUGAAUAGAGUAGAUAUGAAAAAUUCAGGUUUGGAAUCAAGAAGUCGAUCAUCGAGUUUUCUUUCUUCGACCUCACGUCGAAAAUGCACGGAAGAUUGUUGAAUACGUGGAAGAAGGAGUGGAGAACCGAGGAAUGUGUGUCAUUUGGUGCAAUCGACAGCUAGAGGAGUGCGAUUUGUGUUCGAAACCGCCGGAGUCUUCGGAUGCAUUACACAAAUCAGUCUCAAUAUGUGCCUAUUGCCUCUGGAAAGUGACCUAUUCUCCCUGCAACAUGCGGAAGCUGCUCAACCGGACAUUUAUUCGGUCGCCAACAUGUUUGUGGCUCUGCAGAACUUAUACGGCAUUAUUCCGACAAUCUAUGGACUAGGAUCUGAACCGAAACAUUUAUGGAACCUGGUCCAUAAACUGUGCAACAACGAGCUACGCGCCCGACCGGAUCAGUCGAUCAGUCAUCUCUUUCUUUUCGACCGCCAACUCGAUCCAGUUCCCGUUCUGCUCACAGGUGCUUCGUACGAAGGUCUCCUUCACGAGUUCUUCACUAUUGACUGCGGGAAACUCGCAUUCCCGAUAGAUAUGCGAAAACAGACAUCAACAGGACCGCUGGAUUUCGAUUGGAUUGAGAUAAAUCCGGAAGAUGACAAAGAGGCAAAACACACGAAUCGAGGAGAUGUUGUGAAGCUGGACAAUUGUGAAGACAUAUUUGCCUCUAUUCGAAAUAAGCACGUCUCUGCCGCUCUUGAAUUUUUGCAUGCGAAAGCAAAGUCUAUUCAGAAAAGUAUCGAAAAAUCUGCGACUAUUGAUGAUGUCGCUGACUACCGUAACUUUGUGGAAAAAGAUUUGCGGGCUCUCAAAUCAGAUCACAAACACUGUGAACUUCACAUAAAUGCGUGCGAGAUGAUGAUGAACAAAGUGAAGAUGGAGGACUAUCGGACAAUGUUCAAACUGGAGCACGAGAUGCUUUUGGGCACUGUAACUCAGGAGGACUAUUUUGAUUUCGUAUUCGAAAGAGUGCCCAUGCGAUCGUGCCGAGAUAUUGUUCUCUCGAUGAUGUCUCUGGCUUCGCUUAAAUUGGACGGAAUUCCCGAUGAUACUUACAACGAAUUCAUGGAAAUGUAUCUUCAGAAGUACGGAUACGAGCAUAUGUUCGAGCUACAGAAUCUUCGAAACUCUCGCGUCAUCUACGCUCGUCGUCAUAUUUCUCAAGACCGCAGCAUAAGCGACAGAGCAAGAACGUGGGAAGCUCUAGCGCGAAAGUUCAGAAUUGUCAAAGGUAACGAACCGAUGGACAUGUCGAAUCCAUCGGAUAUGAGCUAUGUGUUCGGAGCGAGAAUCGCGCCUCUUCUAUGCAAAAUUGUGGAAGAUACAAUAGAUCACGGAUGGAAUCGUGCAGAAUACGAAAGAAUUAUGGGUGAGGUGACUUUCUGAUAGAAUGUGCGAUUACUAUGCUCUGCAGGGAAAGACAAGGUUCUCGUGGAGGAGAACACCUACAUUGCUGCGGAUCGCCGUCCGGACAACCGCAUUAGGAAGGCCAUUAUGGUAUUUGUGAUCGGCGGAAUCACUUACUGGGAAGUGGCUGCUUUACGGUGAGUUCGCGCAUUUUGUGAUUGAAAAUCGUUGUGCAUCUUGCAGAUUACUUGCAAUUCAAAAGAACUUCCGCAUCCUCAUUUGUGCUACUCACAUCAUAAACAAAAGGGAAUAUUUGGACGUAAGGGGCAGGACGCUUCCUCAGUUUUCGGAUCGUGAUGAAAUUACGCUUAUAAGUCAGAAAUUUGUAUAA